GGAAAAUAACUCAUCAAGAACUACAGUUGUUAUAGUGGUGUCGGUUGUUGUUUCUGUUGUACUAAUCAUCUGCAUGUGUUUCUGCCUCUUCUAUUUAAGGGUCAAGAAGCCAAUGGACAAACUUGAAAGUGUGGAUGAAAUUAGUACUGCUGAUUCCUUGCAAUUUGACAUCGGGACAAUUAAAGUUGCUACGGACAACUUUCCUACUGCAAACGAGCUUGGAAAAGGUGGAUUUGGUAUUGUUUACAAGGGUGAGCUUCAAAAUGGACAAGAAAUAGCUGUGAAGAGGUUGUCCAAGGCUUCUCAACAAGGAGAUCUAGAAUUUAAGAAUGAGGUCAAGUUAGUGGCUACACUUCAACACAGGAAUUUGGUAAGACUCCUAGGAUUCUGUGUGGAAGGAAAGGAAAGAUUUCUAGUCUAUGAGUUUGUACCUAAUGCAAGCCUUGAAAAGUUCAUAUUUGAUCCAAACAAGAGUGCACUAUUGAACUGGGAAACACGCCACAAAAUUAUAGAAGGCAUCGCUCGAGGACUUCUUUACCUUCAUGAAGAUUCGCAACGUCGUAUUAUUCAUCGUGAUCUCAAGGCUAGCAACAUUUUGUUAGAUGCAGAUAUGAAUGCAAAGAUUUCAGAUUUCGGCACGGCAAGAUUAUUUGUACCAGAUCAAACUCAAGGCAGCACGAGCCGAAUUGUGGGGACCUACGGAUACAUGCCUCUAGAAUAUGUAAUGCGCAGACAAUUUUUAGUAAAAUCUGAUGUGUUUAGUUUUGGCAUGUUAGUUCUGGAGAUAGUGAGCGGUAAAAAAAAUAACUCUAGUUUUCAGGGAGAGAAUGAAGCUAGCGACCUUCUAAGUUUUGUAUGGAAAAAUUGGAGGCAGGGGACAACCUCAAAUCUUGUAGAUGCCACAUUAAAGGCCAGGUCAACAACUCAAAUAAUGAGAUGCAUCCACAUUGGAUUAUUAUGUGUUCAAGAAAGUGUGGCUGACAGACCAACCAUGGCUACAAUCGUCCUCAUGUUUAAUAGCCACUCUGUUACUUUACCAGUGCCCACAAGACCUGCAUUUCUUAUGCAUAGCACCAGAUCGGAUGUGUCGUCCCAAUCGGAAAAUGGUGUUGGUGUAACAAGAUCAGAUAGACAUCGAAGUAGCUUUGUCCAUGCCUCAAGAAAUGAAGCUUCAAUAUCUGAGCUAGAUGGCCUAUAACUUUUGAUGGAAUCUAGUGCAGCAUUUUGUUUGAAAUGCAAUUCUACUAGUUCAAGAUUCCCA